AUGUCUGUCCUCCCGCGCAAGCGACGCACAGAGAGGCACGACCCCCCAGCACUCCCCGUCCGCCAUCUCUCGGACGAUGACAAGCAUCACGUCCCCAAGAGAUCCCUCAGCACAGUCGAGCUGAGGAGAGAGUACUUCACGUCAGCUGUCGCCGUCACCGUCCUGACCGCUCUUGCCUUUGCGGUCCGUUUCUGGAACAUUGCGCAUCCCGACCAGGUCGUCUUUGAUGAAGUCCAUUUUGGUGCCUUUGCUGGUCAUUAUAUCAAGAGAAACUACUACUUUGAUGUACACCCGCCUCUGGCCAAGAUGCUAAAUGCAUUGGCUGCAUGGUGGGUUGGAUUCGACGGUGAUUUCGGAUUCGAUUCUAUCGGAGACGACUAUACUGGUCCCGGAGUCCCCUACGUCGGCAUGCGCAAGUUUUGCGCCUUCAUGGGCUCCCUCACCAUCCCUGUCGUGUAUUCCAUCAUGCGCGAAUCAGGCUACCCUGUAGGCAUCGCAGCAUUCUCCGCAGCGCUCAUCUUGUUUGACAAUGGCCACAUUGUCCAAACCCGCCUCAUCCUCCUCGACGCUGCUCUCAUUCUAUUCAUGGCCCUCGCCCUGCUGUGCUACAUUAAAUUCCACCAGUACCGAUAUCGCGAGUUUACGAAAGAAUGGUGGUUCUGGCUGUUGUCAACCGGCUUUUGGCUGGCGUGCACGUUGGGGUGCAAGAUGGUUGGGUUGUUUACUUUCCUGACUGUGGGCGCCGCUGUGCUCUGGGACCUGUGGGAAAUCCUAGACAUCAAGAGGGGUCAUCCCAUGUCCUACUGGUAUAGACAUUUCCUGUACCGUGCCAUCGGAUUGAUCAUUGUGCCCUUCUUUGUCUACCUGUCAUUCUUCUGGGUACAUUUCAAGAUCCUCAAGUUCUCUGGCCCGGGCGAUUCAUUUAUGAGUCCUGCCUUCCAGGAGACCUUGUCGGGCAAUGAGAUGCUUUUGAAUGCCCAAGAGAUCAGGUACUAUGACACCAUCACUAUCCGCCACAAGGACACCAAACAGUUCCUCCACUCUCACGACGAACAUUAUCCCCUCCGUUACGACGACGGCCGCAUCUCCUCCCAGGGCCAGCAAGUCACCUGCUACCCCCACAACGACACCAACAACCACUGGCAGGUCAUCCCUACAAAGGAGAUCCCAGCGUCUGGCCGAGGCAGGAUUGUUCGACAGAACGAUGUCAUCCAGCUCAAGCACGUCGUCACCGAUACUCUCUUGCUCACACAUGAUGUGGCCUCCCCUCUCAUGCCGACCAAUCAAGAGUUUACAACUGUCGCCCUUGACAAGGAGGAAAGGAUGAGCGACACUCAUUUCAAAGUGUCCAUCACCGAUUCACAUGAUGGCGAGCCGUGGAAGACAUUGGCAUCGCAUUUCAAGCUCAUCCAUGUGCCAACAAAAGUCAUGCUUUGGACGCACCCCAAAGCGCUUCCCGAAUGGGGAUUUGGCCAGCAAGAAGUGAAUGGAAACAAGAACGAGAAGGACAAGACAACGCACUGGGUCGUCGAUGAAAUCAUCGCGGACGGAUCUGGCAUCGACUUUAAGAACCGUACCGUCCAGGUCGAGACUAAAGCUCCCCAAAACCGCGCCUUUAUCAAAAAGUGGUUUGAGCUUCAGCUCUUGAUGCUCCAGCACAAUGCCGGUCUGACAUCCACCCACCCCUACCAGUCAAACCCUAUUGAAUGGCCAUUUUCAUUGAGCGGUAUCAGUUUCUGGACAAAGAGCGACACUUCGCAGCAGAUCUAUAUGGUCGGGAACUUGAUGGGAUGGUGGCUAUGUGCCGUGGCGCUCAGUGUCUUUAUUGGGAUCAUGGGGGCGGAUGCACUCGCAAGGAGGCGUGGGAUGGAUCCUAUUGAAGACAGUGUCCGGAACCGAUUGUUGCGCAACACUGGCUUCUUCCUGGGCGCUUGGGCCUUCCACUAUUUCCCGUUCUACCUCAUGAACCGACAACUCUUUCUGCAUCACUACCUUCCCGCCCACCUCACUUCCACCCUCAUUGCUGGCUCGAUUCUCAAUUUCAUUCUGAUAGAGUCUGUCAAUUAUCCUGUCAGUUUUGCAGGCCAAGGCAUGAGGCUGAGACCUGCUGUGAGGGCAAAACUCAACAAGCCCGCGUGGAUCGUUCUGUGGGUGUUGGUAGCGGUGGUGAUCGGAGUUUGGCUAUUCUUGUCGCCAUUGACCUAUGGGUUGACGAUGACCGGGGAUGAGGUUAAUAGAAGAAAGUUGCUGAGUACUUGGUCGUUACACUUUGAAGCGAAGAAGACGUAUGCCGAAUAG